UGCAUAUGGUGCUACAACAAAGUAUUGAAUAUAACAUUUCAACAAUAACAUAACUUUAUGUAACACGAACUUUGACCAUGAAUUUAUAAAAUAUAAGAUAAAAUAAAGUAGGCAACAGUUAGCUAUUUAGUGAGAUAGGAUUGUGUAAGUGUAACUAAGAGUUCUUUAAAAAUGGCCAAUCUCGUUAGAAAAAUUGUGUUAUCUACUAAAGCACCUGCCCCUGUAGUACCAGUAUACAGUCAGGCCGUUUCCUUUAAUAAUAUGCUCUUCCUUUCCGGUUCAUUGGGAAUUUCAAAAGAUACAAAUAAAUUAGUCGAGGGAGGAGCAGCAUCAGAAGCUACACAAGCAAUUGAAAACAUUAAAAAUAUCUUAGAAGCUGGCAAUUCCAAUUUAAGUCAAGUUUUGAAAAGUACGAUUUACCUGAAAGAUAUCAAGGAUUAUACUGCAGUUAAUGAAGUCUACUUUAAAUACUUUAACAAGGAUCCUCCAGCAAGAACUGCAUUCCAAGUUGCUGUUCUACCAAUGAAUGCUUCAGUGGAGAUAGAAGUUAUUGCUGCCGUUGGCAACGUUGUUACUAGUCACGCUAAAUUGUAAAAGGAUAUAUUCUGAAUUAGAUUUGUACUGAGUUAUUAAUAAAUUUAUAUUAUAGUU